GUGCAAUCAACUGUUACCUGAUCCAAACCAUCGGAAUUUUGGGUCUGUUGCAAUCACAGACUAUAUCAAGGGUCAAGUAAAGCUGCAACGUGAUAUACGGAUCGAUACCCUCAGAGCUGGAAUUUGGCAACAAUAUGGAGUUAGGCCUCCGUAUAAACGAACCUGGAAUGCAAAGGAAAAGGCAAUAGCUGAUGUUUACGGUGGCUGGUAUGAAUCAUUUGCUAUGGUUCACAAGUUCAUGAACGAGAUGAUGCAUGUCAACCCUGGAUCUUUCUGGGAUGCAGAAGGCGCUGAGGUGUACACCGACGGGAUCCUUCAGCCGAAAGUCGUAACGUUCAUCCGAAUGUUCUAGACUUUCAAACCGACAAUUGAAGGGUUUCGGUUUUGCAAGCCAGUUUUGUUCGUCGACGGUACUCAUUUGUAUGGCAAAUACAAAAUGACCUUGUUGAUCGCGUCGGCAAUCGAUGGGAACAGUCACAUCAUGCCACUGGCAUUUGCACUUGUUGAAUCUGAAAGUACUGCCAGUUAUGAGUACUUUUUUGAACAUUUGCGUGAGCACGUGAUUUGCGAAAGGAAGGUGGCCAUUAUAUCUGAUCGGCACGCUGGAAUAUUGUCGGUUCUGAAGCGUCCUGAAUGGGCCGGUGUCGCCCACAAAUUUUGCAUCAGACAUUUCUAUAGUAAUUUUCAGACCAAGUUUAGGAACAAGGUUUUGAAGAAGCUGGCGGAUAAAGCAGGCCGAGCAUAUCAGAAGCACAAGUAUAAACGCUACAUGGCAGCGAUCGAGAUUAGAAGCCCAGAAGCGUAUGCAUGGCUGACUAAGCAAGAAAAGCGGCCUAAAGAAAAGUGGACAAGGGUGUAUGACAAAAAAGGGCAACGCCACAAUGUGAUGACAACUAACUAUGUUGAGUCUGUCAACGCGACACUGAAGAAUAUAAGGGGGCUUCCGAUCACAUCAAUGCUUGAGGCAAUUUUUGCUCGGAUGGUUAAAAUGUUCGACACACGUUGGAAGACGUAUGAGGAGUUGAUUGCUACAAACGUUCACUACACCCCAAUAUGCAUCCAACUACUGAAGCAGAGGGGGGAGAAGGCUCGUUUUCAUACAAGUCAGACGUACGACCGUUCUACGAUGACAUGCAAAGUGGAAACUAGGAAGAACCACUCAAAUGGGAGAGGAGGAAAUACCCAUACGGUAAACCUUCAGCAUAAGAAAUGCACGUGUCAGCUCAGUUUGCUGGUUGGACGUGGCCACUUGGGCGUGAGGAUUCUUCCGCAUCUGGCGGAUUUAGGCCGCUUGCGCGAUAUCAGCUGGGGAUCGGCUGUUCUGGCGUAUUUGUACCACGAGCUAUGCCUCUGCGCCUCUGCUUCAGCGAACAGACAAAACAUCGGGGGCGCUGUGUGGAUUCUACAGCUCUGGGCUUACGAGCGACUUAGGCCAUUGCAACCCCGUUUGGCCGACUUUGAUGUCACGGGGGGAUUGCCUUUGGGUGACAGAUGGGGGGGUCCCAGACAGCGGGAGCGGGGGACACGACGAGUUCCCAGACACUCAGUUUCUUACUUCAGGCUGUUAUUGGACGGGCUGCGUUACGACGAUAUCGUUUGGCAGCCAUACUCCGACGACGUUCUCCAGUCCAUCCCACAGAUGUACCUGACAGGGCGACAUAUUUGGCGUGCCCGAGUGCCAAUGAUCUACUAUCACAUUGUCGAGUGGCACCAGCCGGAUAGGGUUCUGCAGCAGUUCGGCUUACAGCAGCCCAUUCCCCUGCCUGCUAUGCAAGAUCGGCGCCUUCAUAACAUCCAAUAUCAGGGGAACUACAACUUCGAUGAACUGCUCUCAGAUUACAUUCAGAUUUGGAACAACAGAGCGGCUUACGUUGUUCAGGGUUACCAGCUCCAGCGUCCACCUCACUACCAUUCAGCGUAUAUGGAGUGGUUUCGGAGCCGCAGCCGGCGUUGGAUUACCCAUGAGGGCGCAGCGGCCGGACAGAGUCGCGACACUUUCGAGAUGAUCUCCCUUCAGAGAGAGGCGCGUGCGUCUAGGAUUGGGACUGCUGCACGCAGUUCUCAAUUAGCUUACGGAGAGGAGCGCCGUGACGUCACACUGCCCCCACCAGAGCCAGCAGUUCCGGCUUACGUACUACCUCCUCUUCCUCUCCUGACCAUCGAUCUGGCUCACAUCAGGGGAGCGCGUAGACGGCAGCCUAGAGCCGCCCCGCCUCGCGAGCGCCCGGCAGACCCUAUCCCCCCACCGGUCUACUUCCACUUCGAUCCUACAGCCACUACAGACAGACGGGGGGAGUACUAUGGCCCGACUCAGUACUACGGUUCCACUUCAGCAUCACAGCCUCCGUGGCAUCAGACCUCUUUCCCACAGGGACCCCAGGUAUCAUCGUAUCAGGUCCCGCCUUCGUCGAUGCCGUUUUUUGAGCCGUCGUACGGACAGACAGCAUAUACGACUCCUCUGGGCACGCCGCCGUCUCAGUUCCACCAGGGCACACCACCGGCGUCUCAGUUCCGGCAGGCCACACCACCGGCGUCUCAGUUCCGGCAGGCCACACCACCGGCGUCUCAGUUCCGGCAGGCCACACCACCGGCGUCUCCGUUUCAGCUGACCACACCACCGCCGUUUGCUGCAUCAGAUCAGUAUUACCGUCCAGCGCCAUAUACAGAUGCUCAACCGUUCACGUCUUUCGAUCAGUGUUACCGUCCCACGAUGCCUUCGGAUGAUCAGCCGUCGACGUCACAUUCGCGGCCAUCUUCUUCUCACCAGGCCCAGGAUCCAUCACAGCUACAUUUUACACUGUCAGAGUCAUGGUUAUUCGGUCCGGAGAUCGGUUCAGAGGCGUACGAGGAGCUUUUAUCACGACCGGAUCUCACACCUCCAUCUUUUAGACUCCUACCGCCCACACAGGAGGAGACCGGUACUGCACCACCAGCAGCAGACGUUCAGCAUUCAGCUCAGGACGUGGACGCCCACGACAGCGGCGAGAGCCCUCCGGUACCCAGACAGUUUCACUCGAUCACAGACAGGUCGCGGCACCGACGAGAGACUCACGGUUUGAGGAUACAGAGACCGAGGACUCGUAGAUAUGAGGAUUAG